AUGGAUGGUACUGACUACUCAGACAAUGAUUCGUACUCUGCUGAUGGCGCUUUUCGUUUGUCUUGCGAAUCAUUGCCUUUCGAAGAUUCACACAACGAUGUAGUAGACGAGACAUCACAUUGUGGAGUUCUUCCGUACCAGUUUGAACCAUAUGAAGACGACGUAGAAGACAGCGAGAACGAAGAUGAAACUGUUGAUAGCCAAGCUGACCGCAUUGGUAACACCGACUGGUGUACAUGUGGGAAUUGCUAUCCUAUGUCCAUGAUGACAGAAUCUGUUUGCUGCAGAGAAAUCAACCAAGUUAACGACAUCAGAAGAGAGGCCCAAACCCGACGUAGGUAUGUUGCCUACAGACAACUGGUCAGGUGGUGCUUUGAUUAUUUGGACAGGAAAGUGAGGGUUCCAAUUCCAUCCUGUGUUGUCAGCAAAGUACGGCGCAACUUCCCAGGUGAAGAUGAUGAAUAUACUGGCUUCCAGCAUGCAGCAUGA